AUGGUCUCAAAUGUGGAGGAAUUAGGGAGUGAUGAAAUGGAAAGCUCUAAGAAUGCAAAGCCUAAAGCUAGGAAGCGCGUUUUGAAGCAGAACUCAGAUAAUCCGCUUUUGAAACCGUUGAGUAUGGGUACGAAGCGAUCGAGUACGGAACCUAGAAAGAUAUCGGCUUCAAAUUCAGCGGUUCCGAUGACGCGAGUGGCGAAGGAAGAACCAAGGCGGAAGGCAACGGUUGUGAAACCUAGGAUACCGGAUUUUGAAGAGGAGCGCAAAGUUGUGGCUCGGAACUAUAGGGUAACGGAUUCGGAAGAGGAAAAGGAUGAAGAUGAUUCGGGCGAUUUAUCAGAUUUUGUACCGAUGCCAAAAGUGUUGAAGGAUGAACCAAAAAGGAAACCAAUGGUUCCAAAGCCUAGGAUACCAGAUCUUGAUGGGAAACGAAGACCAACGGCUCGGAAACCUACAAUAGCCGAUUCAGAGGAGGAAGACGAAGAUGAUGAUUCAGAUGAUCUAUCAGAUUUCAUAGUAGACGACGAUGACGAUUCUGACGUGUUCAAAACACCUCCAAAAUCGACUCGAAGACUGGUCAGGGGUCGUAGGACAGUGGUUGAAGAUUCGAGUGAUACUGAUACAGAGGAGGAGAUUCUACGACAACUACUAGAUAAAACUACACUCGACGACAAAGAUACACCACCUGCAUUCAACCCACCUGUCUUACAGCCACCAAAGAGAGACGAGAAAGUUGAGAUCCGGCCAGGGACUUCUUCUAGUUUUGAUGACAAUGGAGCUGUUUUACGAUUCUCCCCCUCACCCAGAAAAGUAUCCAAAGGAGUCAAACUAUCAACACCCCCAGGAAGCCCGGAAUCAAAACCUCGAGGCCUGGCAUCGCCUAAAAAGUUAUCCCGCAUACCAUCUACACCGCACCGUCCCAGUAUGGAUAGUUUCUGGUCUCAAGAUCUUGUCAACGAUUGGAACGAUCAAUACUCUCCCAUGAAAACCCUCCAACCCAUCUCCAAACCCAAACUUCAACCACCCUCAACUUCAGGAGGUAUAUCUCUCUUCAAGAAACCCCCUUCGUUCAAAGCUCCUCGCAUAGACAAAGAUUCCAAAAAAGCCUUCUCAAUCUCCAAACACACCAUCGCCUCCGAUUUCCUCCUCGAACUCGACACCAAAAUCACAUCCGGCCGCAUUGCCGAACUCUCCGCCUCUACCGGCGGCGUCCAAAUCAUCUGGUCCAAAAAACUCAUCACAACCGCCGGUCGUGCAAAUUGGAAACGCGAGACCAUCAAAUCUCCCCUAACCACCAAUACCGAUGGCAAAGCCCCCACCACAUUCCGUCACUACGCAUCCAUCGAGCUCGCCGAAAAAGUCAUCGACGACGAAAACCGUCUCUUGAAUGUUCUCGCGCACGAAUUCUGUCAUCUGGCCAAUUUCAUGAUCUCGAAUAUCAAAACUAAUCCGCACGGAAAAGAAUUCAAAGAAUGGGCUGCGAAGUGUUCGAAUGAAUUUGGGGAUCGCGGAAUUGAGGUUACGACGAAACAUUCUUAUGAGAUAGAGUAUAAAUAUGUGUGGGAAUGUACGGAAGCAGGUUGCAAAACACUGUUUAAGAGACAUUCGAAAAGUAUCGAUACGCAAAGACAUAGGUGUGGUGCUUGUAAGGGGGUUUUGGCACAGAUCAAACCGGUGCCUAGGGGAGCGGCAAAGAAUGGAAAGGAGAAUGAGUAUCAGAUUUUUGUAAAGGAAAAUAUGAAGAGGAUCAGGGACGAGAAUCCGGGGAGUCCGCAGAAAGAUAUUAUGGGGUUGGUAGCGAAGAAGUAUCAGGAGCAGAAGGCUAGUAAAGCUGCACAAGCGGGGGAGAAGGAGAGUACGCCUGAUGACGGGGAUGUGGAGAUUGUUGCGAGGAAACUCGAUUUCUUGGAUUUGACGAGUCCGUGA